AUGGGGGAGUGGGAAGGAGAAGGCUGGAGAUGGAUAUUCAAAUGGAUAAAGAAACUUUUCGCAUGGGAAGAAGACUUAGUUGGUGACCUCCUGGUAGUCGUGAAUCAGUCUCCGUUGAGAGCAAACACGAGGGACGUGAGGAAUGUGGUUGGCCAGCGGAUGGAGAAGGAUAGCUCACCAUCAUACCUUGGUCGACUACCUUGGAGGAAUCGAGCCCCGCCACGAGCUCAGCUUCACUUGUGGUUCAUUCUCCAAGGAAUACUCAAUACAAAAGAAAGAUUACAUAGAUUAAAGUUUGCCGGCAUUGAGGAUGAUCGAUGUGCUCUAUGCAUGGAGGAACCAGAAACCAUUGAUCACCUCUUUUUUAGUUGCAAGAUAUCCAGUAGAUUUUGGUAUUUUUGUUGCAACCAGUGGAACCUGUCUCUCUGCCUCCCCAAGCAUACAAGGAUGUGUCUUCUCUCUUGGUUCGGUAAUCCUUUCAAAAACUUUGACAAGCAAUUAUGGAUCUCCAUGUUCUACGUCAUCACAUGGUCCAUUUGGGAUAUUCGAAAUAAGAUUAUCUUUCAAGCUUUCAUGCCUAACUGGGAAUUCGAAAAGAGACGACAUUUUUGGCGCUUAGGCAUAUGGGUGAAAGGAUGGUGCCCGGAUUUCCCAUUUUCCCCGAUGCAAGCAAUGGAAAUUUUUGGUGAUAUCAGAGGAUGGAAGACUCCAAGAUACCCGAGCAAAGGGCUGGUGCUGGAACUCCCCUAA